GUAAAGACGUGCACAAAUGGAGCCUUGUGGAGACCGUUGUAGAAAAUUUAUUCCAGGACAUCGUGAAGCCGAGAUCUGCUAUGGAGGUGAAGCUGACUUACACAAGCACUAUACCAGCUGUAAGAAGAAUCCAGGUCAUGUCAACUUUAUACCUGUUAAUGAUUUUAACUUGGAUCAUCUCCCCUCACGUUACCAUGACGUCAUCAUGUUGGAGGUAAUCAAAGCUUUGUCUGCCCUAACGGUCCUGAUAAAGGUCAAGUACACCAGUCUAAAGAGACCAAAGUCUGUUCCAUGCUUCAGUGGUCAGUAUCCAUGUUAUAACACCAGAGGAAGAAAAAUAUUGAGGGUUGGGACGGGGAGGGUGUGGCGUGUGGUCAAGUACACAGAAAGUGACAACAUAGGCACUUGUCCAUGUGGCAAGUGUCAACACUCGGACACACCCAGCAAAGUGUGGUGGAAGGUUAGUGUGGAGACAGCCGCACACGUGGUGUUUAAUGAGAGUGAGGCGAGACAGACCAGGUGUGUUUUAGGUUUUGACGACAAUAAAAGUCCUAGGGUCAGUCUUGAUGGCUGGGGGGGUGGAGGUGGCAGACGAAGAGUUAAACAUGUGUUGGUUUUCAUGUGUGUCAUGUGA